AUGGAAGUGCAUAUGUGUACUUUGUUUUUUAUCUUGCAAAUAAAUUUGGCGUUUUGUAUAAAGGAACAGGAAGCGGGAAAAAAUGCACACUCUCGGACAGGUGUCGUAAUACCCGAUGUAGAUAGUAAUGGCGACACGAACAGACCUUUAGACCUCCUAGCGAGUCCAAAUGAAGCGAAAGACUACUUUCUACCCCCGGUUUUCCCCCACACUGAUGACGUAGACGAGGAUGAUGAUGAAGAAGAAGAUCACUCUUAUUUAGAUUACGAUUAUGAUCACAAGGAAAUCAAUUACAAAGAUUCCCCUGAUAUAGUAACCGUUAAAAGCGACUAUCAGGAGGUGCUCCCGAUAGAUGAUAAAAUACCGUUGCACACAGCUAAAGAUAAUUUGCCAGUUUUUCUUUUGGAACCAGAAAAUACCUACGUCGUUAAAAAUAAGCCAGCAACGCUUAAGUGUCGUGCCGCUAAUGCCUUAGAAGUUUAUUUCAAAUGCAAUGGCAUUAAAACCGAAGCUCUCAAUUUUGAAUUCGUGGAUCCCCAAACCGGAGUCAGAAUUAUAGAGGGCGAGUAUAAAGUAACGAGGGAACAGGUCGAGGAAUACUUUGGCACAGAGAAGUACCAAUGUUCCUGUUUCGCCUGGACGAGCCGCGGACAGAUAAGGAGCCAACCAGCGACUAUAGAACUCGCUUAUAUAAAGAAGCACUUCUCAGCAUCUCCCCAGUCCCAGCUGGUGAAGCAGUAUUCUGCUGUAACAUUCCGUUGCGAGGCCCCUCCAGCUGCUCCCUUCGCCCAGGUCUACUGGCUGAAGAACGGAGCACCUAUCGCCGUCGAUGACAACGUGCACAUUAACAAAGAAGGAGAUCUUGUGAUCAAACAGGCCUCCCUUCUGGAUAUGGCGAACUACACGUGCGUCGCCGAGAACCUCGCCGGCAAACGGCUAUCCGAGCCGGCUCUGCUCACAGUGUUUGUGAACGGCGGCUGGUCAUCAUGGUCGACUUGGUCUGAGUGUUCAUGUGCUGGCGGAGGUCGUCGUCGGGAGAGAACCUGCACUCACCCUCGCCCCCUCAACGGCGGACAGCCUUGCUCUGGACCCGCGGUGCAACGAACACCUGAAUGCACUCAUUGUGAACUAGAUGUCUACAUGGAUAGUUUAGAUGAGUUGGCAGAUGAAUCACCUGAUGUCGUGUUAGGUCACUGGUCACAGUGGUCGGAGUGGUCAUCCUGCGACACAGACUGUCUUCGUUCCCGACGUCGUCGUUGUGUCUCUGGACCCUGUCGUGGCCGCGACGCACAACUGGCGCCCUGUCCGCUGUGCGUACGGACUGCUAAUGCGCAUACACAUGGUGCAUCAUACUGGCCGCUCCUGAUUGCCUUAUCGAUAGCUUUUCUAAUAUUUGUUGUUGUUGUUGUACUCGGCAUUAAGUAUAUGAAGAUGAAAAUUGCUGAAAACUCUCCCUACGUAAAGCCUCCUCCGGGUACGAAUUACUUCGGUAACGUUAUAAAAAGGACUCUUACUAAUCAACCGGACUUGACGAUACACGAGGAGUUCCACACAAUGGAUUCAAGACGAACAAACAGACAGACGAACAGCAUCAAUAAUAGAAACGAACACUUGUAUGAAGUCCCGCAAUUGGCUAACAGCUACAUCGCGCCAUUAGAUCACGAGGUAAGAAACCAUGGAGUGGAGACAUUCGCUUGCAAGGACAAGGAGUCAGACCGCUCUGACUCCAGCUGUUUCUUGAGCUCGGGUUCGUCGUAUGGAAAUGAAAGUGUAGAAAUGUCACCUUCGCUCAAAAAUAACGCGUCUGUUAAUUCGAAAUUUUUAAAUUGUCAAUAUUUAGAGACUGCUACAUCCAAAAUUGUAAACGGUGACGGCGAUUGGCUAAAUUUGGAUAAAUGUGGGGUCAGAUUAUAUAUUCCGGACGGUGUGGUUGAGAAAGGCGAAGAGUUAUUCUCUAUUGAGGUCACAGACGAAGAGUGGAACAAACCGCUUCUACAAGAAGGUGAAACACAACUUAGUCCAAUAAUUCGAUGCGGGCCGAAGAAUGUCCAUUUCUGCAAGGCAAUGAUACUCACAUUCCCUCAUUGCGUAGCCUUGAAGAACUCUAGCUGGAUACUGUCAAUACUUCAGAAGCCCGAAGAAAUCAACUGUAGAGAAUGGAGGAAGGUCCUAACAUUAGGGCAGGAAACCCCGGGAAGCCCUAUAUUCGCUCAAGUCGAUCCUUUAAAAGUGUACAUCGUGUGCGAAUUUCUCAGUGACUUCGUUUUAAUCGGUAGAAGCUUUAAUGCUCUAGAUGCCAAAUUGUUAAAAGUAGCUCUUUUUCUUGGUAAACGUUCUGACGGCUACUACAACCUGCACGUCCACGCGUUUCAUGACACUCCUUACGCCUUGUACGAAUGUUUCGAAAGCGAGAGACGUACGGGCGGGCUUCUUCUCUGUGAUCCGAAAACUAUUUAUUUUCAAGAGAAUUGCUCUGAUCUGUGUGUCAAUGUUCGGGAUGUGGGAGUGGGAUGGAAGAUCCAAUCAGGAAACAAAUAUCAGGAGCUUCCGUUUGCCCAAUUAUGGAAUAUGAAUGUCCGAUCUCUGCAUUGCCUUUUUGUUUUACAACAGGUGGAUGCUAUAAAUUGUUUAGAUCUAAACGUCACGGUAUAUCAAAAACAAAGGCAGUCGAAUUCGGUAAAUUUCAAUUUGAAAACAAACGAUUUUAAUUCGAAUCUGAAUUGUAAUAAACGGUUCAGCUAUUCGGGCGUAGAGAUCGGUUACAGCGUUAAUAUCCUCGAGAAUCCGUUCAAUUAUUCAUCGUUAUCGAAAAAAGAGGCCAGAUAUGAUUUCGUUUACAGAAACAGUUUACGUAGGAACAGUUACAGCUUGGAUAAUAAUUGCUACCGAACAAACGUUCUGACCAAGUCUGACAGGGUGAUACUCUGCAAGUUGUUGGAUUGUCAGACGACUAAAGGUAACGACUGGAGGUUGCUCGCGGAAAAAUUAAAGCUAACGUCCUUCUAUUACUAUUUCUCUAACACUUGCUCUCCGACCGAGAAUAUAUUGAAUCUUUGGUUAUGCAGAAACAACGAUGUCAAUAUGUUAAUAAGUUUAUCGCGGGUGUUUAGAGAGAUGUCUCGGAUAGAUUGCGCGACUGUUAUCGAAAGGCGCUGUUUUCCUAAUUAGACUGAUUUUUAUUUAUACUUAAGACCACUUCUGUCAACCCACAGUCCUAUGUAGCUGAGCAUUAAUUUUAGUUUGUUGAUUUUAAAAUUAUAUUUUUUAUUGUACUCGUAUUAUGACAUAUUAAGAAGGCUCGUUGUGUUAAAAAUAUCUCGUGGAAUUAACUUUUUAUUUUUUUUAUUUAAGCAACUAACAAAUGGGCUCUAGUCAUUUAUUUUUACAACUUUUUAAAGAAUGGUAAUAAAAACAAUGUUUUUCAUACAAAUAGUUUAUUAAGAAAAUUAUUUAGAUCAGGAUUCGAAUAAAGUUUUGGAAUAGAGUAAGUCUAAAAUGGUAAACAUAAUAAUUUUCAUAAAUCACAUACAUUUUGUAUACAAAGUGUGAAUCUGAUUUAUUGAAUAUUAAUACAACGAUAUUAAGAAAACUCUGACUUAGCUUUAGAGGACAAAUCGAGAGUAACUUUGAUUUGUUUAGAACCAAAACUAUUGUCACUUCUGUUAAUAUUUUGAUCGUCUGACUGUUGAAUAGAAUAACGUAUAGUAUUUUUAGAGGUGCAAAACUAAAAUUUACACAUUAAUUAUUUUAAAAUCGAUAUAUGUAUGAGAGUGACGUUUUUUAUAAAGUGUCAAUAAAAAUGUAGAGCGCUUGAUUUAUAGGUAAUGUUUUGAAAACAUAACUAGUUGUGUAUAGUACGAACUAAAUAUACGUUGUGGUUUUGGUAAACGGACGAAAAUGAUUUUAGUAGUAAUUAAAGAUUUUUUGAAUAAAUAUUUUAAACGA